AUGUCCUACCCCCAGCGUUCUACCUGGCUUGAGUUUCUUGGCUUCCCCCCCGGCUACGGUCCUUGGACUUAUCGUGCUAUCCCAGAACCUUGGAUCUCAUCCGAGCUUGCACGUCUGGCUUCUGCACACGUCAUCAACAGUAAAACAUCCACGACGGGUUGUGUCUCCCUCCAGCCAAGCCCAGAUCCAGACGACCGCUCCCAGGAUCGCUUUGUCGUCCUGGACUGGGACGGAUGGUUGUUUUCUGCUGUGUUUGACGGCCACGGAGGGGAAGAAGCCGUAGACUAUGUCGUUCAGGAGCUUCCCUCAUUAAUCCACGCAGCUCUCGCCAAGGCUCUGGCCGAUGCAGGCACCGCACCCCCUGCACCCUCGACCGUCUCCACCCUUCUGCAGUCUUCUAUCCGAGCUGUUGAUGACGCCCUAACCGACAGAGUCAAACACCUCUUCCCUGAUGAAGCAACGCUCGCUGUCCUCACAGACGAACAAAUCAAGUCCACAAUUAACGGCCCCACAAACCCCAACAAUCUUGCCAUCUUGCGCUGCAUGCGUGGUACAACUGCCCUCGUUUCGCUCGUGGACCCAAAGAAGGAGAACCUCUGGGUAGCCAGCCUAGGUGAUUGUCAGGCUGUGCUCGGAGCUAAAAACUCCAAUGGUACAUGGGAUACGACGAUCCUCAGUGUAAAUCACAGUGGCAAGAACCCGGCCGAGGUCGCGCGUAUCCGCAAAGAACAUCCAAACGAAUCUGAAUGCAUCAAGUUCGACAGAGUUCUCGGCGCCAUCGCCGUCACACGAGCCAUUGGAGACCACAUCUUCAAACUCCCUGUGUCCUACACUAGACGAGUUUUCAUGAACUGCGUCCCCGGCUUUUCCGUCUCUUCCAAACUUGAACAUUUCCUCCCGCAUAACAAUCGCCGCCCUACCUCUAACGCAUCUCAAUCAUUCUUGAUCUUGUGCUCAGAUGGCCUCGUAGAUCUAUACGAACACACGAAUGCACGGAGACCUACUUUGGAGGAGAUUCUCACACAAUGGGUCCAUAUACUCGGCGAGCGUAUGGACAGUAGAGGUGCCAAGGUCAGCGACGGGGCGGACAAAGAGAAUGCAGCACUAGUGCUACUAAGACACGCGCUAAUGGCCGGAGGGGCGGAUGACCCGGACCGUCUCGCGCAGAUGCUCACAGUAGAGAUACCCUGUCGGUGGAUGGAUGAUACAACCGUACUUGUCCAGACCCUUUAA